AUAACAAGGUGAUUUGUUUUAAGUUUGGAAUAUUGAAUAUAUUAUUAACUUUUAUUUAGAAAUGUAUUAAAUUUAUUUUAUCAAACAUAUGAGAGAGAUCAAUUGAAGAAAUGGGCGUUGACAUAAGCACAUACCGUGCCCGAAUAGGCACGUUCUCUGGCUCUACUGGAGUUGGAGUCACACAUGAAGAAUGUCUGGUGAACUUCACAUUUGGAUUGAAAACAGUGGGAGCUGUUAUGUUUAUCGGCAUGCUGCUGAUAAUGGGAGGUGUAGAACAAAACCCAGGACCUCCAAAGAAAGAACCAAGCACGGAAAAAAACAGAACACAGCUGGCGAAGACAGAAUCGGAUCCAUUAUCAUCGGAAUCCGUCACAAUUUACGAACGAAGCGAUGUAAACGAUAUCGAAAACAGUUCUGACUCCUACGGCGAGCUCCACUUUCAAUCAAUCUUUAAACCAAUCUUCCCCUUUUUUGGUCUAACCGGUCGUGUUAAUAAACAAAUAUCUGUGAGCGAGGCGCGUAUACUCGUCGAAGAUAAUUCUUCAUCAGGAAUACAACCCACAGAAGCACCAAUGAUGCUUUUAAGGGGCUUACUUUCCAUGAAUUAUGAGACAAGGGAUGCUUACACAUUUCCUCUGCAAGAUUCUCAGCCUCAGGUCCAACAUGGCCAACGCACCAACAGAGUCCGUACAAGGAAAAGAGUAGAAGUAUCAAGUCCGAGCGAUCUAUUCAUGGCAACGUUCUAUUGCUGCGAUCCAAUGCUACAAAGUAUUCUUUUUGAAAAGUUAUUUUUAUGCAAGUGUGCUGUUCCAUUUUUUUACAAAGAUUUAUUUUCUAUGAAUUAUACUGUGGCACUUUGGCCUUUAAGAUCUCUUUCCGCCGUACAAAUCACAGAAGGGUGUUAUACUAGUUGUAAUAUGAUUGAUGUUGAAACACAUGUAAUCAGUUUUGCCCGUCUCGGAAGACCUAAUUUAUCAAAGUCUACUGUUUUAAACAGCCUCAUAUCUUCCGAAAACACGUUUUACAAUGGUGAUUGUAAUGGUGGACGUAGUAAACGAAAUAUCAGUGGUUUUUGUGAAAUGUUUUCCUCCCCUGCAUGUGGAUCAGGCGGUGAUUUAUUCAAAGACCCAACUCAUUUUCUUAAUCUUCGGGGAGACCUUAUUUCUGAUUUCUGUUCGGAAGUAUACUCGUUUGUUAAUGCGAUAUCAGACUGUGUAGUUAUUGCCAUAGACAUUCAACAACUAGAACGUAAUUAUGAUGAUUACAUAAAUGUGAUUUCAAAGUUUUCUUCAGUCAUCCUUCUUUUUUCUGAAGACACUUCUAAUGAUGUUACUACUGAACGUUUGAAAGCUGAUCCGUUCCAUAAACUUCAUCUGAAGCAUGUCCACUGUUUGUUAAGUGAUAACAAGAAACGUAAUGUUGUCAUGAUCCGCAUACCCAAGGAAUAUGACUUUGUCAUCCAAAUGACAAAUGAGAGCCAGCGUCGAGAGUUUAUACAGUCCCUGAAACAGGCCGUUACUGAUCAUGAAGAUGUUGUGGACUGCCAUGAAACAAAGGAAAAACACAUCUACAUGCAGGCGUUUACACAGAAGAAACGAAAUCCGCUGCUAGAGAGGUUCUUCAAGAUUGUGUUUUCUGAGGUAGAGAUUUUAUUUUACCCGACGUUUACAUAA